ACAACUGCCGGUUCUCGGCAGUACUUUCCUCACGAUCUGACAGCGUGAGGAAAGUGCAGCCGAGAACCGGCACUUGCAUUUUCCUGUGAUCAGCAACAUGAGGAAAGUACUGCCGAGAACCGGCAGUUGUCAGAGCAGGGAUUGGCACCGAUCAUCAGGGCAGUGAUGAUCAGUGCCCUGAUGAUCGGUGCCCAGCAGUGCCACCCACAAUUUCCGCCCACCUGUGCCCAGCAGUGCACCCUCCUGUGCCACCCAGAAGUGCCACCCACCUGUGCC